AUGCCGAUGACAGCGACGUCGUCGUCGCGCACCGACGGGGAGGCGGCGGACGGUCGCGUUCGGUUCCGCGCCGGCAGCCUGCGGCGACGGCGCCGACGGCUGCCACGGCAGCCGUGCGAGGGCGGCGACGACGCCGGCGAGCUGCUCGCCCAUCCGUCCGAGUGCAGCGCGCUGUCCUACGUGCUCGCGCGACAGAUCGACAACAAGGUCGACUACUGCCGGAGCCUGAUCAACGCCAGAUUCGAGAACUCCGAGAACCUCUACAGGAAGGACCUGCUGUCCCACUAUGGAUGCGUCAACGCGAUCGAGUUCUCCAACCAGGGUGAUCUGCUCGUGUCCGGAGGCGACGACAGAAGAGUUCUAUUAUGGAGAGUGGAGCAAGCGAUACAGGGUAUGGGCAAGCCCACCGUGAUGAAAUCGCAACACGUUAGCAAUAUAUUUUGCCUUGGUUACGACAGCAGCAAGACUAAGAUAUUCUCCGCGGGGAACGACGAUCAAGUCAUAGUCCACGAUUUGCGCACGGGUGAGUCUCUCAACAUCUUCCUGCACGAGAAGCCUGUCUACGGGCUGUCCGUUCAUCCGCACAAUGACGACGUCUUUGCCAGCGCCUGCGACGACGGGAGGGUUCUCGUUUACGAUAUACGUAGCAACAACGCUAUGGAAACUUUGGCACAAUACAAAAGCGCCUUCCACUCUGUCAUGUUUAAUCCCGUGGAUCCCAGAAUGCUCGCUACUGCCAAUGCUAAAGAGGGUGUCAGUAUGUGGGAUAUACGAAAACCUUUGGAGCCUGUAUUGUGUUAUGGAAGCCCGCAACAGAGUUGCAUGAAUGUCAGGUUUAACUCGAUGGGUACUCGAUUGUUGGCUUUACGUAGACGACUACCGCCGGUCCUGUACGCAGUGGACUCUCCAACGUACUUGUGCGAAUUUGAUCACCCGGGAUAUUAUAACAGUUGCACCAUGAAGUCGUGCUGUUUCGCCGGCGAGAACGACGAAUACGUUCUAUCUGGUUCGGACGACUUUAAUUUAUACAUGUGGAAAAUUCCUCCCAUGGAAGGCAAGGCAUGGGUGGAAUCCGCCCACAUGGUGUUGCGCGGUCACAGAUCGAUCGUCAAUCAAGUUCGAUACAAUCAAGUGAGUUGCAUCUUCGCGUCGUCCGGCGUUGAGAAGAUCAUUAAGAUCUGGAGCCCGUUCCCGCUCGGUACCGGAUGCCUGGGAGGAUUGAAGAGAGACGCUGGAAAGCGCGAGAGGCAGCGUCGAGUAUUCACGCACGACGAAUACAUAGGGCUGGUCCUGCGUAGCGGACAAUUCAUGACGCACGAUUAUAGCCACCAGUCGACCAAGGAAGACCCGCGAAUGAUGGCCUUUUUCGAUUCCCUCGUUCAGCGCGAAAUUGAAGGAUGGAGCUCCGAGGAUGUGCCAACGCCACACACCCCCAGCGACUCUGAAAUAAACCCGGCAACGGGCGAGCCGUAUAGCCCGACGGAAGGCGAUGAUACUACGGCGUCGGAAGGUGGUGUGGCUCCUGAGCGGCCGUUAGAGUCGCCGAAUCGCAUAACACGGCUUAUCGCGAAUCGCAGGGAGAAACUCAUGCGAAUGGCCGCGAUGGAGCGAUCCGCCUCGGAUUCCGGCAGCGAGGGGGACAACAACGCGCACACGAGACGUAGAUCCAAGUCGAAAUCGAAAUCGAAGAGCGUCAAGAGGAAACACACCAGGCUCUCCGGCAGGAGAAGACUGUCCGCCAGACGGAAGUGUACUGUGUUAAAAGUCAAUAGUGAUUCGGACAGUGACGACGAGCGGCCGGUCGACACGGCUCAGCCCAGUACUAGUUCCGGGGUGAUUUUCCGAAGAUCGCGAUACGUCGCCAGCGCGCUCGAGAAGGACGACAAGAGCUCGAGCUACAGCAGCAGCAGUAGCUGCGUUUACGAGGACAUUGUCGCUAUCGGCAAACGAAAACAUUCUAAAACCGACUCGGACACGUCCGCGAAGGCGCACAACAAACGGAAGCAUCGAAAGUGCAAAAACAGUUCACGACACUCGAACGACGGUUCCGGUAAGAGCCAGAGUAAACGGCAGAGACUCGACGACGACUCGGAGGAGGAGGAGGAGGAGGAGAAGACUGCUGGCCCGAGGAAUUGUGUGAACGGUAACUCGAGUAAGGACCACCGCGAGGACGGGCCGUCGACGCCGAGCGGCAAGUCACUUCAAGUUCCUUGCACCCCCGACAGCGGUAUUAAGUCAGGACUCUCAUCCACGGGCGGGAAGAACAGCGAGCCGGCGCGUAAGGAGCGAAACGACCGGGGCGCGGGCGAUAGCUCCGACGAGCAGAAACUGAAACGUUUAGAGUGUUUCCGGAAAAAGGUGGAGGAGCUGGCGAGGAGGAGCUAUCGCAAUCGAUCCGUGUCCCAGGCUCAAACAGUUUCGACCGAGAGUGAUUCUUCCGAUUAAGCGCGCUCACUCGUUUUACAUCUCGUCGAGAAAUCCCCGCCCUCUCCGAACUCCACGCUCCACUCCGAUCUCCCCAUCCCCUUUCCAUUUGUACAUAAUAUAAUCUGUGAUUCCUUGAAAUAUAUUUUUAUAACACUAAGUUGAUCACGCGCGAACAUGCGGUCGAUUCCUUCUUUUUUUUUUUUUAAUCAUACUUUAGAUCUUGCUCGUCCGUCUUUGAUCCCAAUCUCUCUCGUAAAUGUAUCGUGCUUUCCUUCUUACAGUGUUUCAAAAUUUUCUUCGGAAUCCUUUCAUUGUAUAUCGUCGAUUUCUUUCGUGCGUCACAUUUCGUGAACCAAGUCAAGUGUCGAGUAAGGCGGCCCCGAUCAAUAUUAUUGUACGAUAUUCGAAUAUUGCACAAUAUUUUUGAUAUCGCCCAAUAUUACUGAUCAAUUUUUGGCAAUCGCGAGAGAUCGUCUGGAAAUAUUGAGCGUUCGUUUUGAAUUGUUUAACGGGGGGAGAGGGAGGAGGAGUAUCAAUAAUAUUGUAGAAAAUUGUGCAACGAUAUUGAUCGUCCAGAGGGGCCGCUUUAGACAGACGAGAAUUACAAUGUUAUUUGAUACCAACCCUGCAUCUAUCGUCCCGCGUAAUGCCGUUGCGUACUGUCAGUGCUUGGUAAUUCUCAGCCAAUCUGAUAAUUAUGAUGAUGUGAGAUGAUGAACGUUUUGCGGAUCUGGCCAUGUAAAUCGCCAUCGUGUAACCGAGGCGCAGAAACUGCGGCGAAAACAGAAACUGUACUGUAGACGCGAAUUAACACAGAAACAAAAAAGAAAAAAAAAACCAAAAAAAUCCGCAUUUACUUUCGAGUAUUUGCGGGCGACUCGGCUAAUGUGUAUUGUUGGCAUGGUUUGUGCGGUGGAAAGUAAUUAAAAAAAAGUAAUAAAUUGGUAUACAUUUUUUUCCUAUGUGUUGAACUUUGAAGAAUUAUUGUAACUAUAUUGCAUUAUUUAAUCUUGCAUUUAUAUACAUCUUUAUUAACUGAUUACGAAUAAACGAGAAGAAUAUAAGAAAGAAAAAAAA